AUGGCGACCUUCACCAAAAUCGCAGAGGAUGCUCGUCCCACCAUCACGCUGAACCCCUCCCAUGUCGUCUCCAAAAUCGAUGACAAUGUCUAUGGCGGAUUCACAGAGCACAUGGGAAGAUGUAUCUACGGUGGCAUUUACGACCCAGGCAACCCUCUUUCUGACGAGAAUGGUUUUCGCAAGGACGUUAUCCAGGCAUUCAAGGAGCUGAACUGUCCCGUCGUGCGGUACCCGGGUGGUAACUUUGUUGCCACCUACCACUGGAUCGACGGCGUUGGACCCAGGGAAACCCGUCCCAAGAGGCCCGAGCUGGCUUGGAUUGGCGUCGAGAGUAAUGAGUUCGGAACAGACGAGUUCAUGAAGUGGUGUGAGAUCGUUGGCGCUGAGCCUUACCUAGCGCUCAAUUUUGGCACCGGCACGCUUGAUGAGGCUCUUGCGUGGGUUGAGUAUUGCAACUCUGACAAGGACACUUAUUACGCCAACCUCCGCCGUAAGAACGGACGCGAGAAGCCCUACAACGUCAAAUACUGGGCCCUGGGCAAUGAAUGUUGGGGUCCAUGGCAGGUCAUGCAAAUGACCAAGGAGGACUAUGCCAAGCAGGCUUACCAAUGGGCUAAGGCGCUCAAGCUUCUUGAUCCCUCUUUGGAACUCAUCCUCUGCGGUGAGACCGGCUUCAGCAGCUGGGACACAUACGUGAUCAAGGAAUGCAUAACAUGGAGCGUGCAUGGCCUUGGUGGCAGCACCACUGCGUCUUUGAUCGACAUGCACAGUAUUCACCUUUACACCGCGUCGGAAGACCAUCUAAAGAAUGCCACAGCACCCAGAGCCGCCGAGCGCGCCAUUGAAAUCACCGGCAGCCUCAUUGAUCUGGCCCGCAUUGAGAAUCAGGUGCCUCCCACGUGUAAGAGACAAAAGAUUUGCUUUGAUGAGUGGAAUGUAUGGGAUCCCGUCAGAGCGCCUGGUGAGGAGGGUGCUGAGGAGGCCUACACUCUGUCCGACGCUCUCGCUGUCGGUGUUUGGCUCAACGUAUUCGUCCGUCAGGCAAAGUAUGUUGGCAUGGCCAACAUUGCCCAGUCCGUCAAUGUCAUCUCUCCUUUGAUGACCACAAAAGAGGGCAUCACCAAGCAGACCACUUGGUGGCCUCUGUUGCUGUUUAGCAAGUACAUGAGAGGGUCUACCAUUGCCACUCACGUCCGCGCCCCCGAGUACGAGGGUGAUACUGAGCCCGUUUGGAUCCGGGGCGCCAUCGAGACCCCUUACCUCGACGUGAGCGCUACCAUUGACGACAACGGUUUCGUCAAUUUGGCUGUCGUCAACGUUCACGAGACCAAGGGAUUCCCCGUCGACCUGGAAGGUAUCAAGGAGGGUGCCGAUAUACAAGUCUACACUGUCACCGGCGAGAACGUCAAGGUCGUUAACACCGGUGAUAAGAACCCCGUUGGUAUUACUGAGAGCAAGUGGGAUGGCAAGGGCCCGUAUGAGUUUGCCAAGGCCUCCGUUACCCUAUUGAGAUGGAAGCACUAG